AACGCUAAUUAUUAUAAUAAUCUCUCCAAAACAACAUGAUUAUUAACUAAACCACAGCACUCUUUUCCGUGCUCUGUGUUUGUACAUUCUCCUUUUUACAGUUGACGAGUCAUAUGUGUCAGAGCCGACACGACACAAUUCUAUAUUGCCAAUACCCCACUUCAAAGAUUGCCACUUUGUGUCUUCCAGAUUGAGAAAAUGGGGUAAGAUAGAAGUUUUGCAGCUGCUGGGGGUUCUGUUUUCAGCAUCACAGCUGCUGGUGAAGAUCCAGGCCUCAGAUUCCACCUUUCUUGGCUCUGUUUCAUCCCAAUUGCUCCAAAGAACCAUGCUUUUUAUGCUUUUCUAGACACCCAUUUGCUUCGUUUGAUGGUAUUUUGUUCCUUGAAGUGGUAGUUAAUCAAGAUCAUUCGCUUGUUCUCCCCAAUAUCAAAUUGUCUGAGCAGCUGAAACAAGAGGUUCCUUUCACUGAUCAGCUAAAGCUGUGUCCAAUCUGCCCGGUAAUAGAACGGAAAGAGUUUGCAACUUUCUAUACAGUACACAGAAUGGUGAAACAGUCCUGAAGAGUCUCAAAUUAGAAAGACGCUUGUGGUGGAAAUAUAUGAUCUUAUAGUCUAGCCUGUAUCUAGUAUUAGGCUUUUGGCAAAUCAAAACUAUUUGUGUUCUCAUAAUUUUCUGGAGUCAUGGCAACCUUGUCUCAUUCUGAGUCCCGGCGCUCAUAUUCUUGGUGGUGGGAUAGCCACCUACCAAAGAAUUCAAAAUGGCUUCAGGAAAACCUUGCAGACAUAGAUGCCAAAGUGAAAGCCAUGAUCAAGCUCAUUGAUGAGGAAGCAGAUUCAUUUGCAAGGAGGGCAGAAAUGUACUACAAGAAGCGGCCGGAGCUCAUGAAAUUAGUGGAGGAGUUCUACCGAGCAUACCGUGCUCUAGCAGAGAGAUACGAUCAUGCAAUGGGGGAGCUACGUCAUGCCCAUAAAACCAUGGCAGAAGCAUUUCCCAACCAAGCACAAUACAUGCUGAAUGAUGAUUCACCGUGUGUUGAAUCACACACACCAGGAGUUCCUUCUGCAUUAUAUUCUGAGUCUGAGCAUUCAGAGAAAGCAGAUGGUGAAGUUCAAACCUUGAGGAAAGCCCUGGCAAAAAUACAGUCUGACAAGGAUGCCAUCUUUCUUCAGUAUCAGAAUAGUAUGGAGAAGUUAUCUGAAAUGGAAAGCAAUCUUAAUAAGGCACAACAAAAUGCAGGAGGCCUUGAUGAAAGAGCGAGUAAAGCUGAAAUUGAAACUAAAGUUCUGAAGGAAGCUCUGGCACAGUUAAAAUCUGAGAAGGAUGCUGGUCAAGUUCAGUACAACCAGUGUCUAGAAAGUAUAGCUAAACUAGAGAAUAUGCUAUCUCUGGCGCAGAUGGACGCCAAGGAAUUUGAUGAGAAAUAUUCUACGGCUGAAAUCGAAGCAAAAAAGCUAAGGCAAGAACUCGGCCAAUUGGAAGCUCAGAAAGAUGCUGGUCUUCUUAAAUAUAAGCAGAAUCUUGAAAAGAUCUCUCUUCUGGAAGCCAGGAUAACCCAUGGUGAAGAGAACUCCCGGAUGUUAAGUGAGCAACUUGGAAGAGCAGAAGCAGAAAUUAAAGCACUGAGAAAAAAUCUUGCUGAAUUGACUGAAGAGAAAGAAUCAUUAGCUGUCCUUUACCAUCGAUGCUUGGAGAAAAUAUCUAAAAUGGAGAAUGAUAUUUCACGUGCCCAAGAAAAUUCCGAAAAGCUCAGCAGGGAGAUUGAGAAAGGCACUGAAAAGCUUAAGGCUGCAGAAGAAAAUUGUGAUACGUUGGAGAAAUCAAAUCAAUCUCUUCGACUGGAGGCUGAAAAUCUCUUGCAGAAGAUAGCCAUGAAGGAUCAGGCACUUUUAGAGAAGCAUGCUGAGUUAGAGAGGCUGGAGACUCUAAUGCACGAAGAGCACUCUCACUUUCUUGAAAUUGAAUCCACUCUGCAGACUCUGCAAAAGGUGUACUCCAAGUCACAACAGGAGCAAGGAACUCUUGUUAUGGAGCUUAAAUAUGGGCUUCAGUUGUUGAAGAACUUGGAGCUUUCCAAACCAGGUUUUAAGGAUGAAAUGCAAGAGAGCGUGGAAGAAAAUAGAAUGCUGAGUGAACUUACUUUCUCUUCCACUAGGUCAUUAUUCAGAAGACAGCAAAUGGAAAUCACUAAAUUAAAGGAGAUCAAAGAGAAGCUUGAACGAGAAUUCGUUGCAAACUCUGAAGAAAACGAUGCCCUCCAGCAGGAAGCUCAUCAAAUAAAGAAUGAUAUCCAGUACUUGAAUAAUAGAUACCAUGCUAUGCUGGAACAACUACAGACUUUAGGUUUGGAUCCUAAAGGUUUUGCAGCAUCUGUGAAAGAUUUACAAAACGAGAACGCAAAUCUAAAGGAGGUCUGCAAAGUGGAGCGUAAUGAGAAAGAAGCUCUUCGUGAAAAGUCAAAGGAUAUGGAUGAACUUUUGCUACAGAACGCCUUCAUGGAAUUUUCCCUUUCAAGUUUAAAUGAUGAACUGGAUGGAUUAAAAGCAACAGUGAAGAAAUUUCAAGAGUCUUGCCAUGUUCUCCGGGAAGAAAAAUCCACUGUCGUUGAUGAGAAAUCAGCUUUACUUUCACAGUUACAAAUAGUCACCGAAAGUAUGCAGAAGCUAUUGGAGAAGAAUGCCUUGCUGGAGAAGUCCCUGUCUGAUUCAAAGUUCGAGCUGGAAGGUUUGAAGGCAAAAUCAAGUGACUUGGAAGAGUUUUGCAAGUUGUUAAACGAUGAGAAGUACGAUCUUCUAAACGAAAGAAGCAUUCUAGUAUCUCAGUUGGAAAGCGUUGAGUUAAAGCUAAGUAACCUGGAAAAGAUGUUCACAAAACUAGAAGAAAAAUAUGCCGACUCGGAGAAGGACAAAGAAAGCACAUGCCAUCAAGUACGGGAGCUCCAUGCUUCAAUUUUGGUGCAAACGGAAAAGCAUGCUAAUCAUAAACAGUUAAGUGAAGUUCGACUGACAAAUUUGGAGAAUAUUUUUCAUGCACUACAGGAAGAACUUCGUUUGGGGAAGAUAGAAUUUGAAAAAGAAGUUGACAGAGCUGUAAAUGCUCAGGUCGAGAUGUUCAUUUUGCAAAGUUGUAUAGAAGAUCUGAAGGAGAAGAAUUUGGCCUUGAUAUCUGAAUGUGAAAAGCAUGCUGAGGCAUCAAAAUUUUGUAACAAAGUUAUCUCGGAGUUGGAGGCCGAAAACUUUAUGCAACUGAUAGAAGAAGAGGUUUUGUUAAAUGAAAUUAGAAAGCUUAAAAUGGCUAUUCAUCAAGUGUGUGGGGCUCUUCAGAUUGAUUCAUGUGAUGGUCAUGACAAAGGAACCAAGCAAGAGGAAAUACCAAUAUUGCAUAUUUUGGACAUCAUUGAGAGCUUCAAAAGUUCUUGUGUGAAAAGCCAAGAGGAGAAGCAGCAUCUCCUUCAGCAAAAUCGAUCUGAGAGAGAAAAAAUGGAGUCAGAGAAAAAUAUCAUGCUGCAAGAGUUUGAGAGCCUGAGAGAGAAGAACGCAAUGUUGCAGAAAGAGAAGGUUGAGCUCCUGGAGAAGAACAGCCAACUGAGGACUGCAGUGGCCAAUGGAGAAGAAAGAGCCAAUGCAUCAAAGUCCAAAUUGGCUGCUGUACGUGCAGAGUUGAAUGAUUUGCAAAGAACAAAUCAAUUGUUUCAGGAAGAAAAUAGUAAGAUCCUUGAGGAAAAGAAUUUACUGCUUAGGAGUGUUUUGGACCUAAAAGAUGCAAUUUCCGUGGCUGAAGAUGAAAACAGCAUGAUCCUACGAGAGGUACUAGCCCUAAGCAACCUCAACUUAGUUUAUGAACACCUUGUCUCCGACAAAGUCAUUGAGCAAAAAGCACUUUCUGAAUAUCUCAGCAGUAAUCUUAGCCGUUUAAACAGUGACCUUCAUCAGGAACUUGAUAUGUUAAGGAAAAAGAUUGAGGUGAAAGAAGCCGAGAAUGUUUAUCUGAAUGAGUCUACUGAGAGGAUGGAUAAAGAGCUGCAGGAAAUAAAAGGUGCAAAUUGCCGUUUAAGUCAUCAAGUUAAGAAUUCAGAGAAUCUUCUCGAGAAGAAGGACGUAGAGCUUCUAGAAAUGAUAAAAAGGCUGAGGGCUGCAGAGACAUUAAAUGAAGAGUUUUGCAGAUAUAUUGAGGAGCUGAAGAUGGAUCAAGAAGAAUCAAGAUUGACCAGAUUAAACCUUGACAGGCAGAUUCUUGAUCUAUCAGAAAAUUGCAUGAAUAAGAAAAAAGAAAUUGAACACCUUCAUGAAGAAAAUAGAAGCUUGAAGUCGGUGAUGAAAUCGUUAUCUCAAGAAGUUGAACAACACAAGGCUAAGGAGCAAACACUGAAUUCUGAGUUGUUGGCCAAAACAAAUGAAUUUCAGCUUUGGGAGGCUGAGGCUGCUGCGUUUUAUUUGCAGCUUCAGAUUUCAUCAAUUAGUGAAGAACUGUUGAAAAGCAAGGUCACUGAACUUACUGGAGUCUGCAAGAGACUUGACGAUGAAGGUGCUGGAAAAGACUUGGUGAUUGAACAGAUGAUAGAAAGGGUCAGUUUACUGGAAAACGAAAAUAGAGGGCUGAAGGGGCAAUUAUCUGCAUAUACUCCAACAGUUACUUCUUUAAAAGAGGAUUUUGCAUCUCUAGAGCACACUUACUUGCUUUGCACCAAAAAUUCUUUUGCUGUAGGCAACAGGGGGAAGAAGGAUGUGGCCUCUGAGACUUGUCUCCAAGAAAAUACCCAUCAAAGUUUAAAAGGAAAUGAAAGUAUUUUAAAACCAGAUGUGGUUGAAGAUUUGCUAAGCAUCCAGAAAAGGAUUAGAGGAGUUGAGAAGUUGAUGAUGGAAGAACUUGAAAGACGUAUGAAGCAAGAAAAUCUGACAGGAAACGUGGAAGGAGAAGCAGUAUCAGAAAUGACAGAGCACUCAAAUCUGGAAGCUGCUACUUAUCCAGAAAUUGACAACAAAAAGCUGGUGAUGAAAAUUAAGAAAGAUAACAGCACACGUGGCCAUAAUGCAUGGAGAACAAAAUCUCAAAAACGGUUGAUAAUGAUAGACAUUCCUCUCGAUAACUACAAGGAUGAUCCGGACUACAACAAGUAUUGUAAGAGAGAGCUCAGUAGAAGCAAUGACCAUAUGCUUGAGCUAUGUGAAACUGAUCAGCAUGAUGUUACUGAAGAUGCUAAACUGGAUUCUACUUCAGUAGAAGAUGUAAUCACAUGGCAUGACUCAGAAAAAUGUCAAAAUUACUCUUCAGAACUGGAGAGAGAGAAGGAACUAGGGGUUGACAAGCUAGAGCUAUGGAAGACUGGAAAAGAGACAAGUGAAGAUGGCAAGAGGAGGAUCUUGGAGAGGCUUGCCUCCGAUUCUCAGAAGCUGGCCAUUCUUAAAAUGACUCUGCAAGACUUGAAGAAAAAGCCGGAGACAAAGAAGAAAAGCAAUAAGGUAAACGAGAUUGAGUAUGAAGCUGUGAAAAGACACAUAGAAGAUGUUGAGGAAGCCGUCACGCAACAAAUUGGCAUGUAUGAUCAACUGGCAAGAGAUUUUGAACUGUGCACAGCCUCACCUUCAGACACAAACACAAGAAAGUUGGAAAAGCAGCAAGUACAAGUGAUAAGGAAGAAGUUAUCAGAACAGGCUCGAAGAGGUUCUGAGCAAAUAGGAAGGUUGCAGUUUGAAGUGCAGAACAUCCAAUAUAUUCUGCUCAAACUGGCUGAUAUGAAGAACAACAGAAUCUGUAGACCAACAACAGGUGUGUUGCUGAAGGAUUUUAUUCGCAUUGGGAGGAAAAAUAGCAGAAGGCGGCGCAAGGGGUGUGCUUGUGGAUGUUCAAAGCCUUCAACUAAUGAGGAAUAAGUAUGUUGUGAGUAAUUUCUUUGUUUGGGAUGUUUCUACAAGUAGCAUAUCAAUUGUUAACAUAGCUAGUGAAAUUGAAGGUUUGUCAUAAGAAAUAAGAGACUAUUCAAUUUAGACUUAUCUGAUCGUAGCAACUUAUUGCAAAUCUGUAUGUAUGUUUUAGCUUCCAUGAGAAUUGUACGAGUGACUUGUAUCAAGAAUUGCAUUGUAAUAAUCAAUAAAACUCUCCAUGCAAUCCUUAGUUUGCACUCUA